AAAGUGCAAGAGCACUUGGAGCUGGCACAGAAGUGUCCCAGUGGACUGUGUCCAAUCUGUUUGAAUGACUUCUCGAUGAAAGAAGCAUCCGUCCGAACGCAUUGCGAUCAUUAUAUACAUCGUCCGUGUUUUGUGAGAUAUAUUCGCUUUUCAAAAGAAGAGAUUCAAAGAGAGUUAAGUGAAUGGCCGAGCGAUCUGAGGGAUAAAGUGAAUCGGGAACUGCACUGUCCAAUGUGUCGUGAGCCAUUGCGUGAGGAUGACUUAAGUGAAUUAGAUGAGGACGAGCUGCAAAAAUCAAGGAAUCUUUUUGAAAGCAAUUCGAAUUUGAGUCCGAACGGUACGGAUGCAUUUGACUGGGAUUGGCGAACGUGGAAAGAGAUUCAGCAAAAAUGGGAGGUUAUUUACCAGAAACAAUUGGAAAAAGGUGGAAUUAUCGAUGUGAAUGAAGAGCGAAAUCGAUUUUUGGUCACUGAUGAAACGGUACUCGAUUCAACGAGCUCAUCGCUCAGUGCUUCCGAAAUGAUGCCUCCUGCAGCUACUAGAGGGGAAGCGGAGCGUGAAGAGUGGAACGGUCGUGAUGAGAUGCGAAACUCUAGUGAACAUCCUUAUUCUCGUCAUAAUCGUCACCCGAAAGCAAUCGAA